AGCGCGCCGCGCCCCGGGUCCCCAGAUCAGCUGCCCUGGAGGCCCAGGCAGCGCGCAAACUUUUGCUCCAGCGCCCCGCGCUCGUCCUCUGCAAGUGAAGCCCCCGAGCGCGCGCGCAGCCGCCAGGUUAGCUCACCAGUGGGCGCCGCGGGCCGAGAUGCUACUCCGGGACCUGGUGCUGCGCCAUGGCUGCUGCUGGCCCUCACUUCUGCUGCACUGUGCGCUGCACCCACUCUGGGGUUUAGUUCAGGUGACACACGCUGAACCCCAGAAGUCUUGCUCUAAGGUGACUGACAGCUGCCAACACAUCUGCCAGUGCCGGCCCCCACCGCCUCUACCCCCUCCACCCCCACCUCCGCCACCUCCCAGACUACUCUCCGCCCCAGUUCCCAACUCUACCUCCUGCCCUGCGGAGGACAGCUGGUGGUCUGGUCUGGUGAUCAUCGUCGCGGUGGUCUGUGCCUCUCUGGUGUUUCUGACUGUCCUGGUGAUCAUUUGCUACAAAGCCAUAAAGAGGAAACCACUGAGAAAAGAGGAAAAUGGCACCAGUGUUGCUGAGUACCCCAUGAGCUCCUCACAGAGCAACAAAGGGGUGGAUGUGAACGCUGCGGUAGUAUGAACCUGCAGGCCCUGGGACCCACUGGCCAGAAGGGCACCGUGGUGACACUGGUGGACAUGGAGGACAGGUGGACAUGAGCUGACCCUGGGUCUGUCCAGGACUUCGCGCUUCGCAGGCCUCGAGCCUCCUGAAAGAGAAAGCAUCCUCUUCCCAGGCUAGCCCUGGUCACCCCCGAGGUCUUCCCAGGCUAGCCCUGGUCACUCCCAAGGGGUGCAGCACUGACACCAGGCUUGAGCCAGGCUCCCCUGCAUGUGGCCCCUGAGCAGCGUCACCGCCCAGGGAUCUCCAUACUCUCCUCCUUGUCUCAUAUUGGGCGCACCGAUUGUCACCCAGUUGCUACCGAAAGCAUGUAUUCCAAUGAAAGCAGAGGGUCUGUCUGUCUGCCUGGGGCAGAGAGAUGCCCCACUUUAGCCAGAAGAAAGGUGAUCCAGGGACUGCUCCCAUUCUGGAAGCUUCCUCUCCUGCAGGAAACCCACAUGCUCCUCUGUGGACAUUCUUACAAAAGCCAUCACACAGCCAUGAGACAAAUGUCCCCUUCCAAAGGUGCUUCCCAUGCAUCUGUCCAUCGCUGUGUCCGCCAUGGUCUUCCGUCUCCAGAGCCUGUGUCACCCUCCGCUGCCCACCCACAGCCUAGCCUGUGACUCCUUACUGCACGCCUGCCUCGGGAAGCAGUCGCUCAGCCUACAUAAUCCCCAGGGCGUGAACUCUGUCUCCCAGAUGCCCAGGCAGAGGGUGUCUCCAGAAAGUCAGAGGUUCCCUUUGCCCACUCUGGCUCUUCAGGAAGCAUCAGUGUGAUCCAGACCCUGCCUCACUGGACAGAGGUCACAACUUGUGCCAAACCCAUAUGGGCACUCUGUGCCAGGCUGAUGCUGGUCUGGUGCUCUGUGACCCACAUACACCCAAAGGUCCCUGAAACCUAAAUUUGGUACCCAGGAAGCUCCCAGGAGAAGGUGGCCUUCUGUGUGUCCCUGUGGCUUUCUCUGUGGCCCUGAACUCUUAAGGUACCAGAGCCUCCUCAGUGUGAGCAGAAGGGAAAGUGGAGAAGAAUUGUCUAACCUUGAUACCACCCCCCACCAACCCACAGGCUUGUUUCCCUGGAGGCCACCCACACAGUGAGGUGCAUCCCUUGACCCUUGUGAUUUUGUGUCCCCUCCCCCCCACUCCCCUCACCAGCCACGCAUACUUGACUAGAAGGAAGCAAGCCUACUAGAGCGAGUGUAACACCCCUACAGCGUAGAGAUUUAGCUGGAUACACUAGCCUCCUCCUCAACCACCGGAGAUGUCUGGUGGGUGUUUGUGCUACAGGAGAAUUUCAAAGCCAGGUAAAACUGACAGGAAAAUCAGUCCUAUGAGGCUGGAUACCCUGAAGCUGCCACCGCUCUGCUCCCGAGUCAAUAGGUACAGGUUAAGGGGCGGUCGGAGGCACGACACACCUCCUGUAAGUGACAUUUGCCCUCCUUUGCUUGAGGGCAUGGUUUGGGGUUAGUUUUGAAUUUCCCCUUUAUAGCCUUGUGCUCUAGCACAGGGUUGCCAAAAUCCUUCUCUAGGGCUGCCCCCCCCCCCUGCCUCCACCCAGGGGAGCAUCUGGCCGUCCUCUUUGGAUGUGAUUCCAAAUGAUGAAGAAGCCAGAGGAGGUAGAUCAGGGACAGGCAAGACAAGGGUGAGAAGCCUUUCGGGCUCCACCCUAGUGCCUUGUCUCUCACACCAUUGCCACCUUGUUCUAAAGUGAGACAAGGGCCAGUCUCCUGGUGCCUGUGCCGGCAGCAGACACUGAGAACAUAGGAGGCCUGGUCCUAGUUGUAAACAUACACACCGUGGAGCCUCACAGGAGAGAGUAACACCCUCCCACUCCCACCUCCAGUUAUCAAGACCCAGGAGUGAGGAAGGGACACCCCUAGCUGGAGGGGAGCUCCCUACUAGGGGGCCUGAGGGCUGGGCAGAGCCUAAGAUCUCCGUGUAUCUAUGUCCAGACCUUGGCUUAAACCCAGGAAGCACACAGUGUGUGUGUGUGUGUGUAUGUGUGUGUGCUAUUAGCCAGCAGGGACCACGGCUGAGGUUGCACUGUGCUUGGCUAGUGUGAAUGUAAAUUCUUUUUAGUGGGCUUGCGUUACCCCAUCCCACAAUUAGAGGAAACCAAGGGAAGGGCCUAGGUUUUAGAAAGGUUCCCCAGAGAACAGCCUCCGAAGCCCAAGACUGGCCACUAAGAGGGCACAUCUCACAUCACAAUAGAAGGCACUUUUUUUUUUAAGCCCACAUGGCUGUAACAUACAUAAAAUGAACCCUUGUCAGCCAAGAGUGUGAACUUAGACCUUCAUUUCAAAGGGCCCUGCACCAGCUCCACUAAGACCUGUUCUCAGUACAGCCUGAGCGCAGGGGUCAAAAGAAAUGCCCCCAUCCAUGCGUUUCCUCCAAUGUCUCUCACUGGGGUUAAGUUGUUUCAGAACUCAUCAGCGUGUAGGACCUCCCGGUUACCAGGUGUUUCUACAAGCCUUCUAGAGGACAUUUCGAAUGAAAAAAGAGUAGAUGUAAAAACAGGCAUAUUCUAUAUAGUUAUAUAUAUUUAAAGAGAUAUCUAUCUAUACAAAUAUAUAUAUAUAUAUAAAUAAUUGUAUUCUGAUCUGUACAAAUAUGACUUAACAGUCCAGGCAGUGUGUGACCUGCAGUGCAUGAAUGUAAAUACUGUGAACUCUGCCUUCUUAGCAGUGCGUGUGUAUGGGAGGCGACCGUCCCGUCAGCACUCGUCCUUGGUGGGCAGGUACACGCUUCAAGACUCAGCAGCACCUUCCUUACAAGGAAGGAAGCAUCAAGAUUUUUUUUUUUACUGUCAAUAAAAAUAUAC